CGAAGCCAACGCACGCAAACGACCCUGCUAAUUUCCCUCGUUUUCUUCUCUCCUCGCGCUUCACCCCCCCAACCCCUUCGCCAUCCCCCACCGCCACCUCGCCGCCCCCGCCCCCGCCCCCGCCGCCGGAACCCUACCUCGGGAGGAAGCUCCGCGGCGAUCGCCGGCGGGACGAUCGGGACCCGGGGCCUCUCCGCGGAGGGCGAUCGCGGAGCCACUGUACUACGCGCCGCCGCCGCCGCUCCCCCCUAUGCCGCAGGCCAUGUCGGGGGCCGCCUGGCCGGCGGUCGCGCAGCAGAUCGUGCAGUCUCUGCAGCGGUGCGAGCGGCUCCCUCCGGCGGGCCCGCCCUUCGCGGACGCGCUCGGCGACUACCACCGCUUCCCCCCGCCGUCGUCGUCGGCGGCUGCGGCAGCGCCCCUGGCUGGCGGCCACGGGGACUUCGAGGAGGGGAUCGUCGUCGGGACGCCGCUAAAAAGAAAAGCUCCCUAUGGUGAGGCCCCAGUAUCUGGAAAAUCUGCAAGGACAUACAAGUCAAAGGCUAAAUGCAGCAAACCUGUACCUCAGACACCUAUAUCAAAUGCUGCUUCACCUGGCAAUCCACCUACUCCGGCUGGUCCUUGCCGCUAUGACAGUUCAUUAGCACUAUUGACCAGAAAGUUCGUCAAUCUGCUCAAGCAGGCUCAAGAUGGAAUUCUAGAUUUGAACAGCACUGCAGAUAAGUUAGAUGUUCAAAAAAGGCGCAUUUAUGACAUUACAAAUGUCCUUGAGGGAAUUGGUUUGAUAGAAAAGAAGUUGAAGAAUAGAAUCUGUUGGAAGGGUUUGGAUGAAUCAGGAACUAAUUUGGAUAAUGAUCUUUCAGUUCUGAAGAGUGAAAUUGAAAAUCUUAAUCUCCAGGAGCAAGCAUUAGAUGAACAUAUAAGUAAAAUGCAUAAGAAGCUGAAGGAGUUAACUGAAGAUGAAAGCAGGCAGAGGUGGCUAUUUCUUACCGAAGAUGACAUCAAGGGAUUGCCCUGCUUUCAGAACCAAACACUAAUUGCAAUAAAAGCACCUCAUGGAUCUUCUGUGGAAGUUCCCAAUCCUGAUGUGAUGACUGGUGAGAGCUUUCGAAGGAGAUAUAGAAUAAUAAUACGGAGUACAAUGGGCCCAAUUGCUCUCUACUUGGUUAGUAACUUUGAGAUGAAAUCGGAGGAAAAGCUGGAUGAAACUGCAACACUGGCAAGUCACACACAUUUGGCAAAACGUGCCUCCUCCGUGAAAGGCCCCAGAACAAAAAGAGCUGGUCAAAGCUGUAGCAAGGAGGUGGUGGUUAAUGCUCAGCAGAUCCAUAAAACUCCAGAUCUAAAUGCUCCAUAUCCUUCUGAAGGAGUGUUGAGGAAGAUUACACCUUCAGAUGUUGAUAGUGAUGCCGACUACUGGCUGCUUACAGAUGAUGAUGUUAGCAUAACUGAUAUGUGGAGAACAGCACCAGCAGAAAUGCAGUGGGACCAGAUAGACCCCAAUGAUUUCUUAGCUGAAGAGGUGAGCACCCCAGGCCCAGGGACACUCAGCCAGCAGCCAGCUGCAAUUGGUGAAACCUACAGCUGAGGGCCCUAACCAUGGGUAAACAAGAAGAUAAUACCACGCUGGAUAUUUUGGAACAGACUGAGGUCAUUUUGGAUGGCAAAUGCUCUUUUGGGGGACUCCUUGGAGUCUGGUUGUUUCCACACGUUCCACGCAUUUCCUCAGCGCAGAAGGCAGGCAUAGCAGCGGUCGAGAUGCAAAAGCUGAGAUUGGCCUUUUGUUGUGGACUGGCGGUGGUGUGUUUGGUAAGUUAUACAGGGUAUCAGCGCUCAGCGGCAUAUGGAUGCACGACAAUGCUCCACUCAGUCGCAUAAACUGAAACGCUGGUUACGCAGAUGCCGCUCUCCAACUUGGGAUAGCGCCACAAUUUUUUGUACAUACUGAUACUCUGUCUAGGCUGGCUAAAUGUGUGUAGAGUACUGAUUCAUAAGUAACUUACUAUCCUAUGUCUAGCAUCUUUUGCAAAUUCCAUGCUGAAAAGUGUAAAAGACAUUGCUGAAACUCUGAAGCAGCUGCACUGUCAGCUUCGAGAUCUGAAACUUUCCAGUCAGCAUUCAUUCCUUCAGUACCGCUAGUUGAAAUUCAUUACUGGUUUUGACAA